AUGAUCCUGCUGACCCACAAGAAGGCCCUACAAGGAGAGCAGGCUGACUACAACAUCAUGAGUUGGCGAUCCUUUAAGUUGCCACGAGUCUGCAGGAGCAGCCUCAGUGCUGAAGCCCAGGCAUGCUCUGUUGCCGUCGAUGAGAUGAUGCUCCUUCGAACGAUGAUAUCAAUGAUGCUGGACCCCCGCCAGGACCCCAAGGACCCAGUGACAGCAAGGUGGGUUGGCGAGGCAGCUGUUGUUGUGGGUGCCAAGGCGCUGUACGACGCACUGAAGCGCCCAGGAUUCAACAGCCAGCACGACAAACGCACCGGCGUCGAGAUCAUCUGCAUCCAGGAGGAGCUGGAGAGACAAGGAGCAAAAGUCCGAUGGGUGAGCUCAGAAGUGAUGUUGGCCGACGGGCUCACAAAGAUAGGUGCAAGGCAGUCCAUGGUUGAGAAGCUGGCUUCCGGGAGAAUCUGUCUUCACUUCGACCCGAACUUCCUUGCGGCGAAGAAGAAGACGGCCUCUGACCGUGCCUACGGCUCCCAAGUGGCGAGGAAGAACGCCCAGGUGCUGGCCGUGAACUCCCUGUGCGCUGCGGGCGACGCGGCGACCGACUUCGGGGACCUUGACACAGCCCGCUACUACACGAACGACCUGGGAGCCGACAUGCUGUACAUCGACUACGACCUCAACAAGGUGCUGGCGCUCCUCGUCUUCUUUGGGUGCACUCUCCUCGUCAUCGCCUGCGUGUGGAAGUGGUGGAACAAGGGCCAGCGCGGCCCACCGGACCCCUCGGAGGUUCACGAGAACUUCGUCACCACCGGGACCCAGACCACUGGAGACACUGAGAAAAUGACAAUGGAGAUGUACGUUGGACAGCUGGAGUCGGAGAACGAGUACUUGCAAAACGAGAUGAUGAAGCUUCAAAGGUCCAACCGCAGCCAGUUGGAGCUGAUCCAGCUCAUGCGUGAACGCCAAGGGCAACCUCCUCCUGCUUCCCAACCUCGGCCCCAGCCUCGCCUACGGCUUCCCGAAGCAGUUUUCGUGACGAACACUACAAGGGGAACCUGUGUUCACGCCUCCUCGGAUUGUGGACACAUUCGAGGGCAUGGACAACGCCGUCUCACUUUGUGCAGAGACUGCCAGUGGCCAGGCCAAGGCUGA